AUGGCUGCAGACGAAGUACCUCUGCUCAACCUCUUUGAUUCCUACUGGUUUGAACACGCAGUUUUCAGUUCCAAACCCCAUGCAGCAGCAAACAUCCCAAGUCUCCAACUGGACCAAGAAGAUCAAAUACUCCAAGAACCAAACCCUUCAGGAUUGCCAACCCUCAUCGUGAGGUCACUAAGUGACCAAUUCCUGGACACCAAGUCAAGCCUUUUCUCCGAUUCGAGCUUCUCUCCCCACUCGGUUCUCCCCACUCGGUCACGAAAGCUUCAGACAAUCCCCUCCGGCAAAGAAGUACUCAUAGACUUCUCUAGAGAGAGUGUUCCUGAAAAACAAGUACUUGAGGUUGGGUCAGCACCACUGAAGAAAAGGGUGUUGCACAGUGAAAGAUCAAAAACAAGGAAAAGAUUAGGGAGCAGCAAGAGCUUGUCGGACCUCGAGUUUGACGAGCUUAAAGGGUUUAUGGAUCUGGGGUUUGUGUUCACUGAGGAAGACAACAAGGACUUGAAGCUGGUUUCGAUAAUUCCCGGCUUGCAAAGACUAGGAGUUAGUGAUGAAGGUGGGGAAGAAGAUAGAGAUGAAGAGAAGAGGAUUGAUGGAAGUCAUCAUCAUUCACAUGUUGUUUCCAGGCCUUAUCUGUCUGAAGCUUGGGAUGCUUUGGAAUAUCAAAGAAAAGAGGACCAGUUGAUGAAUUGGAGAGUUCCAUCUGCUGUUGAUAAAGACAUGAAGCAUCAUCUCAAGUUCUGGGCUCAUACAGUUGCAUCAACCGUAAGAUAA